AUGGCCCCCCAAAUUGCUCAGUUAUUUGAAGACGACCUGGCUCUGAUAAGAUGCCUUCCCCACUUAAACAACCUUCGCAUAGCAGGCGAUUUGACUGAUCUGGCUAUAGAGCUGUUGAACAGUGCCCAGUUAAGAAAUGCCUGCCUGCAAUACAUGAAGACGACCUUCGAGGCCGUAAUUGCCAGUGAUUUCUUCCUCCAGCUGCCGUCUGACGCUGUCCUGUUCCUGUUGCGGGCAAAUGACCUUGAGGUGGACAAGGAGGAGAGCGUGUUCAAGGCGAUUCGACUAUGGUACGCACUGCCUCAAAUGAAAGAAGUCAGAAGCCAUGCAGCCGCGGUUGCACUGCCAGACGGUCGUGUGUUUUUGAUUGGUGGUGAAUGCUCCUCUUUUUGCCCGCUCUCCUCUGUGGAGGCAUGCCAUCUACGGACGUCAUCCGACUGGAAAAGACAGCCAUACACGUCCGGCAACUUUUGGAGAACUGUUGCUUCCAUGAAUAGGCCACGCACAAGCCACGCGGCGGUUGCCUUCAAGGGCAGCAUUUUCGUGGCUGGGGGCAGUACCACAAAUCACCAGCCUGUGAACACAGUCGAGGUCUUCACUCCGCCCUCUAACCCGCAGCAGAUGGGACAGUGGACAAUGUUAUGGAAUUCAUUCCGCCAUCAAGUCAAUCUCCGCGAUCAAGCCAGCUAUUUGCGUUCCGUCGGAACCCGUAUUCCGAUUUAUAUUCGGCCGGCUCAACCCUGGAAGUCUCCCAGCCGUCAGGCGAGGCGUUUGGUUCGUGGAAAUGGACCAGUCAAGGGAACGUAG